AUGAUGAAAGGCGAUUACAGUCGUUCAAUCAGUUGUCACGAGUCGUCGAUAGCACUACUACAGGAUAUUAUUGACAGAAUAGCUGAAGAAUCGCUGAUUAGCCAUUUCAACACGCUCAAUUCACUUACAACCCUCAAAUCGCAGAUACUCAAACGAAUAGAUCAGCUUAAACUAGUUCAAAAAUCCAAGGAAUACAAACAACAGCGAGAAAAAAACCCGAUUCAGGAAAAGGAGCUCUGCGAGGAGCCCGAUAAUCAGAUGCUUAUUGAGCAUAUAAAACUUCUCAUGGUCAAGGAUCUCAAUUUUGAUCUGUCUUCCAACAAGGUCAAGUUCAUUGAACAAGAUAGGAUUAACCAGCUUGAACACGAUCUGCAGUUGAUCAACUUCAAAGAAAAAUCCUCAAAGCAGCAGGGAAUAGAUGAACUGAAGGCCAAAAACAGCGUUCUUACAGAACUGAAUCUGGUAUAUUAUAGCGAAUUGAUGGCUAAUCACGAGUUCAUCGGGGAUUUACUGGGAUUGCUGAAAAAUGGCCCCUCACAACAACCUGGAGAUCAGUACCAGCAACUCAAGAGCGUGAUUGACCAACUACAACAGAAAAUUGCUACACAGGAACGCGAUAGAAUCGUUCUAGAGAAUCAGAUUAUUAAAUUGAAAGAACGGUGGAAUAACCUCGUUGAGAGCGCUCGCAAACGAAAAGAACUGGAAUUACAACAGCGUGAAGCAUAA